UCCUGUGUUGUUGUAGUGAAACUGAUAACUAAUAUUUGGACAGUUUUUGCUCCUCAGUCUACUGACAAAAAGUCCCACUUUGUCCCAAAAUUAAAACUCAAAUUAUAAAUAGACAAAAGAGAAAAUUGAUUUUUCCUCAAAUAUUCCUUCCUUAACCAGCAUCACUUAAUUGCAGGUUUAAACGCACAUUUUUACAAAGUGGGUACAAUACCAAAAAACAACAAAAACAUCCUAAAUGGCUCGAGCUUCACAAUAAAUCUCCACCCCUGCAGAGGUGGAGACACCAACAGAGGAGAAUCAACACCUGGAUUUGAAGUAAACUCCUCCUCUUUCAGUGUGAAUCUAAACCUCACUUACAGGAUGAGGUCUGGCAGUCUGAAAAUCUUAUUGAUUGUUUUUAUUUUAGGUUGGGCCCUGUUUUACCUGGGCUACCUAAAAAGAGACGUUGAUGACUAUUCCAAAAAACUCCAGAGGGUCCACCUCAAUGACUCCAUCAGGGGUCACGGGGUCCUGCAGAGGAUGAGCAAGAUUGAAGCAGACAUCGACAGGCUGAUCAGUCUGCUGCAAAACAACAAGCAGAAAACGGUGAUGGAGACGGAACGGAAGGAGGAGAAGAAGGCAGUGAGGAAACUUUACCCAAACUCUCCUCUGUUCCGCAAGUGGGGGGACCAUCUGUCUGAAGAGGAGCAGAAAGAAGCCGAGAGUUUGUUUAAGAACUACGGCUACAAUGCUUACCUAAGCGACAGGCUGCCGCUCAACAGAGAGAUGCCCGACACCAGGCCUUCCAGAUGUGCAGAGAAGAAAUAUCCAGCAGACCUGCCCUCCCUCAGUGUCAUCCUGAUCUACCUGGAUGAGGCCCUUUCCAUCAUCCAGAGGGCCGUCCGCAGCAUCAUCGACAAGACGCCCACCCGCCUGCUGAAAGAAAUCAUUCUGGUUGAUGAUCACAGCACCAAAGAGGAUUUGAUGCAGAAGCUGGACGACUACAUCAGCUUCAUUCAUAAAGAGCGUCCAGGCCUGGUGAAGAAAGUGAGACACUCCGAGCAGCUUGGCCUCACUCAGGCAAGACUGUCAGGAUGGAAAGCAGCUACAGGAGACGUGGUGGCCAUCUUGGAUGCUCACGUAGAAGUCACUGUACAAUGGGCAGAGCCUCUGCUGGCUCGGAUUAAAGAGGACCGCACGGUGAUCCUCUCACCAGUCUUUGACAAAGUCAACUACGAUGAUUUUGCUGUUGUUCCCUAUCCUCCUUCUGCUCACGGCUUUGAUUGGGCUUUGUGGUGCAUGUACGAAUCCUUCAGACCUGAGUGGUACGCUUUAGGGGAUACAUCACAGCCCGGAAAAAGUCCCUCUGUCAUGGGGAUUCUUGUUGCUGAUCGCAAGUUCUUUGGGGAGAUCGGAAGUCUGGACGGUGGAAUGAAAAUUUACGGUGGGGAAAAUGUGGAGCUGGGCAUCCGGGUGUGGCUGUGUGGAGGCAGCAUAGAGAUAAUACCGUGCUCUAAAAUUGCCCACAUUGAACGAUACCGCAAGCCCUACCUCCCAGACCUGUCUGACAUGAUGAAGAGAAACGCACUGAGGGUGGCUGAAGUUUGGAUGGAUGACUAUAAACACAGCAUCAACAUCGCCUGGAACCUUCCAGUAGAAAAUCAUGGGAUUGACAUUGGAGAUGUGUCGGAGAGAAAGAAGCUCAGAGAGAAGCUGAAGUGCAAACCCUUCCAGUGGUUUCUAGAUCAUGUGUACACCUCUCUGAAACCCAUUCAUAACUUGGUUGGUUAUGGAGCUCUGAUUAAUAAUCUAAAGCCAGAUCUCUGUGUGGACCAAGGCCCAAAACCAGGACACACACCUAUAAUGUAUUCAUGCCACUUCUACUCUCCUCAGCACUGUUAUUACAAAACCGACGGCAAACUCUACAUCGGUGGAAUCAAAUCUCACAAAUACAACAGCGAUAGCUGUCUGGUGGACCUCGGUUCUGGGAAUCUUCCGGUCCUCUUUGAGUGCAAGGUGGCCCAAGAGAAGAAAUUUCAUAUGUUAUGGGAUUUUAAACAGGGAGGACAGAUCCAGAACAAGCAGACAAAGAGAUGUCUGGAGGUCGCUUGGGGUCAAGAUGGACACUUCAAACUCGUCAUUGACCAGUGCAGCGGUCAAAGCUGGAAGAUCCAAUAUGUCAUAGAUCACGUUAGCGCGCAGAAAAACUAACUUAUUUCUGCAAAAGUGACUCUUUAUUGAGUUACACGUCUAUAUUUGGGCUUUUUAGGAGUUUUUUUUUUAUAUGAAUUUCUUAAUUUUCCUCACAUUUUGACAAUUGAAAAGUAGCUAUUAUUACCACAAAAAAACACUGUAAAUGUUUUUGAUUUGAUCUCUCCACUCGUUUCUUGCCUUUUAUUGGGUUCCACUAAACUAUGCUUUUCCAGAGCAACCUCAUGUUGGUCAUAAACAUCUAUUAAAGUAACAAAAUGUUCACACUACCAGGGUAAAAUUCACAAACAAAUGUAAAUGAAUAAAAUAUGCAGUGGAAACUGAUUGUAAUUAGGAAAAAACAGCUGAUAAAGAUAAGUUACUUAUAAUUUAAUAAAAUAAAACAACCAAAAGCAAAGUUUUGCAUUAGUUUUGUUAAAAACAACAUGUAGUUGAGACUGAGCACAAAAACUAUGAAAUUAUGUCAAAGUGAAGCAUCAGCAAAAUGCUGAUGGCUCCUGUUGGGUUAAGAAACUGUUUUCAGCAAUAAAAUAUAAUGCAGGAUCAGGUAUGCAUUUCUACUGGUGUUGGUGAAAUGUGGGGGGAGCAGUUCCUUCUCGUUUUUUCCAGUUUUUUCUGAUGGAAAUUAUUGCUGUUUAACUCAGUUGUCAUCCUGGCUGUGAGGGUCUACCUAAGUCCAGCAGGGGAGCACUUCCAUGAUAGAUCAGUGUUUCUCUAGUCUAUAUGGUUAAAAUAAUGAAAUUCUGACUGAAACUGUAAGCGUAAAGCAGGGGUCUGCAACCUGAGGCUCCAGAGCCACAUGUGGCUCAUUGGCUUUAAAGAAAAAAUACAAACAGUUUAAAUGAAUAAUGUUUUCCUUUUUUGUAUUUCUGGUGUAAUUUGUUUAAGUUAACAAGGUUUUAUCAUUUAUGUUUAGAUUCUUAGCAUGUCAGAUAAGGAUGCUAAAAGGUUUAAUCUCUUAUCAUACUGAAUUACUGUUAGAAUAUACCGUACUAAAAACACAUAUAUAUUUUAAAAUUAUACUCUUCACCAGUGUUGUCAUGUUUACAUUUAAUAGUAAAA